AUGUUUGCUAUCAAGUCUUGUCCAGAAAAACUUUCUGUCAGAGUUCGAGAAAAUCAGCUCAAAUUGAAUAGAAUGCCGUCCUGGAAUUCACGUGAUACGUUUUUUGUCAGUGCCUUAUUUGACAACACUGAUUUUUCCGUGAAGAAAUGCUUGAGUUUCUACGUUGGUGAUAUAUUGUGUAUUAUGGACACAGUCUACGAGGGUCGAGUUGGCAAUUGGUAUGCAUUCAAGUUAUCAGCAAUGGGGAAGGUUGUUGAUCAAGGAGUCGUACCAAGUCAUGAACGGGCAUCUCAGCUAGUGCAUCGUGUUAAUGAAUCUGCAUGCUCAAGUGGUUGUAAAUGUACAAGGAAAGUGUCUCCUUAUGGUCGUGCAAAAUCGUCUUAUCAGGCUGCUUUUCGGGGACGUAAUACAGCAAUUAAAUUCCCUCGACCUAUUGUACUGCUUGGUGGGCUUGCUUUGGAAGUCGUGGACAGUUUAUGCAAAUCGUCAUUUGUUGAAUCUGGAUCGAAAUAUUGCAGGCCAGAAACAAUAAAGACAAGACUAGAAUUGUGUACCAAUCCUGAUGGGAAUCAAGAUAUUGUCAUCUGUGGCAGUUCACAAGUGAAUAUCGAUUUGAUUGAAAAAGCAGCUGACAAAGGAUAUCAUUGUAUUCAGAGCAACAUUUGCACAGAAGAAAUUUUGAAAUUGGUAUCAGCAGGUUUACAUCCAAUUGUCAUCUAUUUAUACUCAAAGGCACAAACAACAACAAAGAUUUCAAGAGUGGCCAAUGCAUCAGAUGAUAAAGCUAAGUCACUGAUGUUUACGAGUCAGUCACAAACACAUAGGUUGAUUUCAAAAGGACUAUUGAGUGCCACUCUGAAAACACAUGAUAAACUUCCAAAGACUGUUGAUAGCACAAAGAGGCUUGUAGCGACUCUUCAAGAGUCUCUCUAUUGGUUACCGUCAAAGUUUCAAUUUUCAGAUUGCGCAUCAGAGCCAAGAACAAUAGCUAACAAUGUUGUACAGAGUCAUAUGGCUAUUGAUCUAGAUUCUCAAAUUGGAACACUAAGCAAGUCAAAGGGAGAAUCUGAAAGAACUGCAGCGGAAUGCACUGUUCAUCCAUUUGAAGGAAGUCGUUUACUCAUUGAUGUUAGUCCUGAAGGUGGUGAAUAUCGGGCGGGCAGCAUUGCAGUCUUUGUUCCCGCGGCUGCUUGUCAAACAUAUCAGCAAAUCAGGGUUCAGUUAUUAUUCAAUGGUGAACCAAAUUUUACACUAGACGUGGAGAAGAAAAUGAUCUUUCGCUUCAGUGGAGAUCUUGUGCUCGAACCUCAUGAUCUACAAUUUCGAAUCCCAAUAGAAAUUCGGUUUCCUUUUACAACAGUGCAACGAGGAUGGAUAAUGUUAUUGAUGAGAGAAGACGCAGGAAUGCGAUGGACGACGGCACUGGCUUUUGAUGGCGACACUUGUCAGGUAAUCGAACAGGACAGUCAUUGUCAUUAUGACAUUCAUACAGCCACGCUCAAGCUGAGUCAUUUCUGCAAGUAUCGUUGGUGUGGCUACCAGAAGGAGAAUUGCUCCAGUUCAAAGAAAGUCUUAAGGUGCAACUUGUUUGCCAGAAUGAACUCGUCAGGUGACAGCUGCGACUUUGUUCUUCACUUUUGUGAUAAUUGUGAAGACGCAAUCAAGAAUGUUACAGACAGGGAAACCACUCGCAAAAGUCCUAAGUUUAACUGUGCAGACGAUUACACAAUCGAAAUACCUCCCGUAGGCAUUUUGAACAUUGAAGUGAUUUCGGACGAUUUUGAAUUGGAAGACACGCCUGAGACCAAGAUUUCUCUAAGCGAGCUGUGGCCUAAUCAAUACUGUGGAACACUGCAGAAAGUUUCCUUCUGUGCAAAUCUGAUAGAAAACUUGGCAGCGAUGAGACGAGACCCCAAGUUAUUGGUGAAUGUUACAGCAGCAGAUAAAUACAUAACACUAAAAGCAAUCAUCGAGCGGCCACCACAAAAUUGGGCAAAAACAAUCACAGAAAAGUUUCAGUCGAUCUCACAUCCUGAGUUUGUAAGACAACGUUCAUGCAGUUCAUGUCAGAACAUCUGCGUACAGGAAACUCUCGGUAGUAGCAUGCCAGCGUCCUCGAUUGCAGACACAGUAUUACGUUGCAACACUUUUGAGAGCCCACGUCACCGCUACGCGAGCAGUGGACCACGCUCAAUGUUUAGUGCAAGUCAUGAAUUUUGUUCUUCUGAUCAUGGAAGGAUUGCACGUCCGUCUGAAAUGCGACGUCUAUCACUUGAUUGUUUGGGUUCCAUGGAAGACAUGAAUGAACGAGACAGCUCAAAAAUAUUUUGGAAGUUGUCUAUGCACUUGGGCCGCAACUGGAAAUCUCUGGCUCGACAUUUGAAUUUCAGCGACGCUCAAAUCGACAACAUAGAAGCAGAUCAUAAGGGGCAGAGAGAACAUGGUUACCAAACACUCAUAGAAUGGGGAAGACGAGAGAACGCAACCAGAACCACUCUCUUUGAUGCUCUCGUUGCUUUUGAUCCCAGCAGAACGAUUUUCAAUCAUCUGUGACUUGCAAGAACUGAGGUGGAUCGCUAAAACUGUAAGGCAUGAAUAGCCUACUAGUCCGACGCACUAGUUAGCUAACCGCAUGCUACUAAAAAGUUUAUAGUAUAACUAUUGAUAUUUGUCUGUCUUAUUCCUCAGCAUUUGCGCAAGUCAAAUGACUGUUAUAGCCAUGCAAAAUGAA